AUGCAGAGCCUUUUGAAAAUGUUCAAUUUCUCCAACGCUCCUACCGUUGCUCUGUCCGACGAUGAGGUCAGCGCUGAGGCAGAUGAACCUCCGGACGAUCACCUCGCGUCGCUCAAGAUGCCUACUCGAACUCGUUCCCUCGCUCUACAGCGUGCCCACCGUGAAUCUCUCCUGACCCGUGCCAUCAUGGCCGAGUCAAAACACGACGAGCCUUCUCCUGUCUCCACUGCGACCCGUGGCCUUUCGACAACCUCCUCCCAUAGCACGGCGAGCAUGACCUCUACCGCUGAGUUGACAAGCGAUGGAGAUCUUACCAGUCCCUCCCGUUCCGCGACGCCGAGUCCGCCACCUCCUCCGGGUCGUUUUACAGGCUUGUUGAACGGCAACAAACCCUCUCCCACCCCUUCAAAGAUAGUCAUCGCACCGAACUGCCAGGAUGAACGACCAAGCGUCGCCAAUGUUGGUGAAGCUGCGGUCGAGAAGAGUCUUGGUCGGAAGCGCUGCAUCAUGUUCGCUUGCGCUGGCACCGAUUCUGAGAAGAGCAAAGACGAUGUCUCGGUGCCGACAACGAACGUUGCUGCAGAGACAGAGCCGCCCAAGAGGAAGUGCAUGCUUACAUUUGCUUGUCCUACCCGCACAAGUUCCGGCGAAGGCAAAUCUCAGCCUUCCAAGUUGCGCAUCGAGCAAAAGUCUCCUCGUCGUCUGUCGCCGGCCCCCUCGAGGCGCAGACAAAGUACAGACUCGAACGACCUCACCGGCCGGUCAGCUGAUACCACUAUCGCGGCUUCCGCUGAUCGAGCCAGGGUCAACCCACCCUCACCUAAAGCUACUUUCCAUGAAUUCGGCAGCUCACAUGACGAGACGGAUGCGUGGAUCGACAGGCCUAACCAGCACAAAGAAAAACUGACCCUAGACGACUGCAUGAAGAAAGAAAACAAGAUCCGUCAGAUCGGUCGGGAAGCCGAAGAGGAGGCCGAGGAAGAAGAGCGCGAGCAGGAAGAAUUCGAAGAGGAGCUUGAGGACAACGAAGCACAUGUUGACGACUUUGCUCCCUCUGAUGAGGAGUCGGACGGCGGAAAUGAAUCCGACGACGAAGGAGGUUUCGCCAGCUCUGACGAGGAGAGUGAUGCGGGAUCAGAGUGCCAGUUCUGGGCCCCCACCAGAACCACCACUCGCAACACGAGCAUUGACAACAUGCAGAUUACCCACUUCAGCUCUCGCCGUCAUUCUGACGCCAGCUCUGUAGAUUCCGAAGAACAUUCUGGGGCGCUUCCACUUUUCUCAGCUAGAAGACCACUUGGCAAGUACCAUGCUAACGGCCAUCGCAUUUCCAAGAUGAGGCCUGGAACACCAGAACUCCCGGAUAGCACAGACUUUGUCUGUGGCACUCUCGAUGAGGAUCGUCCGUUGGAAGCCGCCUACAUCUCCUGCCGUGAACAACGCAAACGCGAGAGACACAUUCCAAUCCCGCAGGACAUCGACCCAAGUUUCCCCACCACCGAUCCUGAGGAAGAGGAAGAUGAGGUCGAUGACGUGGUGCACUCCCAUCCUAGCUCGGAUGAACCUCGCUGGCUCACCGAGCAGUUUGGUGCCCUUGAAGAUAUCCGCGGACGCCGCAAGACGUCAAUCGCUUCUCCCCGGGAGCCUUCGCCUCGGCAUGGAUAUCCAGCUCGCCGCGUGGUGCAUCGGUCACCGCCACCCAAGCACAUGGUGGCUCGAUCUCCUCCACCAAGGAGACUCUUCGGACACUCUCCAACGAGACUGAGGUCUCCGCCUCCACCUGCCCGUUUACGCUCACCGCGAGGAUCUCCGACUGGUGUCAAGACUCCUCAGUUGCACAUGAGGGGCUUGGCCCAGCGACCCAACAUGGAACGUACGGCAUCUCUUCCAGACACUCCCAACCCAUUCUUCAAAAACUUCAAGGUUGGAAGCGCAUCCAUUUCCAACAUUGCCUCGGGGGCUGUUACGCCUGCCAUCGAGGAACCUCCGCGUGCGGAUCUGCAUGUUCGAGGCCCGGUCGACAUCGUUAUUGGUCUAGAGAAGAAGCGUCAGAAGAGAAAAGAAAAAUUCUGGCGUCAACACUGUCGCAAGGUAGCAAAAGAACAAGCUGAACGCAAACCUCUCCGCGGCCGUGGUGCCCAAAGAAUGAGGGAGCUUGGUCUUGAAUGCGCCGAGCGCAUGAAAGGCUAUGGCGUCGGCCAACAAACUCAACUGGUGAUUUCGCUUUGA